GUCACAAGCAACGUGAGUAGUUUUUGUAUUUUCGUUAAUCAGUUUUCUUCGUUAAAAUGAAUCAAAACUCAUAUUAACAACGAAACAACCGAAGUCCGUUAUAACCUGAAAGUUAUUUUCUGUUAAUGAGUUUAAAAUUAGUUUCAAAAGCACAAUGGAUCAAGUGAAGAAACUUACAGAACCUGGACGUCAAUUUACGAAAGACAGUAUUCGUCUCGUUAAACGAUGCACAAAGCCUGACCGAAAAGAGUUCCAGAAAAUCGCUAUUGCCACAGCUAUUGGUUUUUGCAUAAUGGGCUUCAUAGGAUUCUUUGUUAAAUUAAUUCAUAUUCCAAUUAACAAUAUUAUUGUGGGUUCCUAGGUUCAUGUUAAAUAGGUCCAAUUAACAUUUAAUAAGGCUAUUUCUCCCUCAUUCUUCUGUGUACCUUUAUUUAUAAAAUAAAAUAAUGUAUUCUGUCCUGAACUGAUUGUGAUUGAAGUAUGCGAAUGUGUGUGUAUAAUAUCAUGAAGAAUUUUAUAAUAAAACGAAUGUAUUAGA